ACGACUUGAUCGAGUUUUCGGCCAUCUCGCUUGCUCACAGGUUAUACAAUUCGCACACCUUUUAGCUAAACCAUUCCGCCUUUCAAAAGUCAUUACCAUCAAUAAAAAUGACCAACGCAUCCACCGACAGCCAGCCAGAGUACAUUGUUGUCAGCCCAAUACUGCGGCUGCUCAACCACGCAUUUGCGGGAAUAACCGAGACCCCACGCAUCGCAGUGCGCCCCACAAAGCUGUGGCUUAAGCGCACAACAACAGUGGUUCUGCUUGGCAUUGCUGCGGGAACACUGUGGUAUCGGCGAUUGCAGUUGCAGAGGGUCAAUGGGCUGGUAUCACUGGCCGGUGCCAGCCGCCCGGUGCUGUCUGGCAUCGUGUGGACUGCUGGCAUCGCUGGUGCUUUGAAUGCGCGCCCGCUGAAAAUGGAGAGCGAUGACGCUUGAUAAUCGAGACACAUGGUGCGUAUGUAUCAGGCUUUGAUGAGUUUCAUUCUUUUUUAGUUUAUUUAAUGCUAUGAAUAUACACGUUCAA